AUGAGCACAUUAUAUAUACCUGGUGCCCGGCUGCAAUCCCUCGCCAAAGUCUCCUUGCGUCUCAGCGAUAAAAGAAUGUGCCGCGGAUUACUUGUGACUUCAUUAAUGCUCAACUUGAUCCACAGCGCGUGGUGUUUAACGACUCAACCCCGUAAUUACAUCGCUUCCGGAGAAGCUCGUUACUAUGAUGUUGCCACCGGUGCACAAACCACUUGCGGUGGAUAUCAUUCCAGUUCGGACAAGAUUUGCGCAGCUGGUCGAUCAGUUUUUGGCCAAGGACGUCGCUGUGGACAGUCUCUUGUAAUUUAUUACGGCUCUAAGCGUACAACCUGUAUCUUGGAUGAUAAAUGUCCAACGUGUGGGGGGAACUCUCUUGAUCUGUCUCCCGCCGUGUUCCAGGCACUUGCACCAUUACCGCAGGGAGUGUUGCGAGUACGUUGA